AUGCCUGCAUUGGUCCACGAUUACAUCGAACAUGAACAACUUGGCCUUUACGGUCAACUUGUUGGGAUCUUUGGCUUUGUACCUGGUGGAUAUGAAGGAGCUGAAAUGCGCGGUGGUGGGGAAUAUGAGUCCAUUGAUAUAGUUUUCCUGCGCGUCUUCGAUCCUCUUCUCCUGUUUGAAGAAAUUGGUGGAGACCUUGGUCUGGCGGAUGCUGAUGAGGUCGGGCUCGCCCAGCAGGCAGCUGCCCAGCGACAGCCGCGCCAGCCUGUGAACCACUCCGCAGAACCCUACAUCGCACAGCGCUACAUCUGCGACCCCCUGCUGAUCGGCGGGAAGAAGUUCGACAUCAGGUUGUACGCGCUGGUGGUCAGCUACUCUCCCCUUACCGUCUACUUCUACCGCGGAGGGUUCGCCAGGUUCACGCACUGCAGGUACGACGACACCAAGAUCCAAAACUCGGAAAUCCACCUCACCAACGUGGCGAUCCAGAAGCACGCGGAGGGCUAUGAUGAAGUCAUCGGCGGGAAGUGGUACGUUGACCAGCUCAAACAGUACCUGCUGAGCAAGUAUGGGGAGGAGGCCACCAAUGCCUCUUUCUUGAAAGUUCAGGACGUGAUCAUUCGAACCCUAGAAGCACUGCAGAAGGCUAUGGCAUCGGAUCGUAAUAACUCCUUCUAG